AUGGAAAGAGGAUCGGCAGCGGGCGAGAGCAGAAGUCGGACAGACGGAGGGGUUGGCACCCCGAGAAAUCGGGUCCUGUCUUGUGUAAAUUGCCGCCAGAGGAAGAUUUUCUGCACCAAGGAUAUCCCUUGUGGAAACUGCAUCAAGAACAACAUCCCUUGCAUACCCUCCAAGCCGGCGCCCUCAAGGCCUAGGCAUAGAUCUACCGCUCAGGAUAUACGGGAACGCCUUGCCAAAUGUGAAACAUUGCUUCAAGAAUACGCUACGGUGGAUGAAAGUGCCAAAAGUCGUUCCGGGCAGGAAGGUCCUACCAAUCCCAAUAACGACAUCCCACCAGCCAACAGCGAAGCAAUUAGCGAAUCAGCGGGGAAGCAUGUUGAUGGCGGUUUGUGGGUGACUCUUAACGAUGAGGUAUUUGCCCUUCAAGCUGCAUCACAAGCUUUUGAAGCUGACCAACAAUACAGAUAA